AUGAAAAGUGAAGAAGAGCUCUCUCCUCCGGCACCCGACCCCAUUCAAAUUCAAGAAGAUGAGGAGAGUACUAUUAAGGUUGAAGAGACUCUUCCACUUAACCCACAGAAACAAGUAGUCCCUUUUCCACAAAGAUUAGUGAUGCUGAAAAACGAUGAAGAGUUUGGCAGAAUUUUGGAAAAAGUUAAAGAAAUUUGUGUUGAAGUUCCUUUAAUUGAUGCAAUCAUACAAAUGUUAAAGUUUGCCAAAUUUUUGAAGGGCAUCAUGUCAAAUAAGAGAAUAAGGGGAGAUAUUGAGACCAUAGCACUUACUGAGGAAUGCAGUGCUUUAUUCGAGAAGAACGUUUCCCCAAAGUUUACCGACCCAGGAAGCUUUUAUAUCCCUUGCAAUAUAGGAGCUGAAUUCAUAGAAAAAGCUUUUUCUGGCCAUUCUUACAAAUAUCCUAUGGGCAUUAUUGAAGAUGUGCCGGUAGAGGUUGGUGGGAUUAUAAUUCCCACAGAUUUUAUGGUUGCUUUUCACUUUCAUGAUCUGGCCAUGAGUACUCCAUGA